AUGGUUAUUGGUUCGAUAACACUGAAUGAUUGUAGUGAUGUGAUUAAUUCAUAUUCGAGCAAUAUUCAAUUCGCUCAGAUGGCUAUACCAACUGUGUCGGGAAUAUUAGCUAACAAUGGCGAUGGUGAUCGAUCUGGUAUCGUUUUUCCAACAAUUUCAACCUAUAAUGGCAUGCCAAUUCGUUCGUGGAACCGUAUUGGAAACUAUCCUUGUCUUGAUGGUUCAAUGUUGAUUAGAAAUGUUAUUCUUGCAUUCUUCAACGAUAUUUGUAAUCGACAUGAUACAGCCAUUCAAGUAUCGCAAAGCAAUGAUGAUGGACAGUUUCCUAUUACAACAAGUUUAAUGUUUGUCUAUAACACAUCUGAAACAAAUAUGGUUUUCAAUGGGCAACCGAAUUUGGGUGUAGUUAAUCCGAGUCAAUGUGGUGGUAAGUUCAUUUAA